AUGGACGUCGGCGAGCACUGUAGCAACCCCGGGUGUAACCAGAAGGACUUCCUUCCGUUCGCUUGCGACUGCUGCAACGGGAUCUUCUGCCUCGAGCACCGCACGUACGACGCGCAUGCGUGCGCCCACGCAGGCGCCAAAGACGCUCGGGCGAUCACGUGCCCGCUGUGCCGGGCGACGAUCCCGCUGACCGGCGCCAUGGACGUCGACGAGUACGAGGAGAAGAAGAAGCCCAAGGAGCGCUGCGCCGCCGACAGCUGCCGCGAAGUGCUCACUGCGUCCAACACGGUACAGUGCAACUCGUGCCGAAAGAAGGUGUGUCUCCGCCAUCGAUUUGAAACCGACCACCAAUGCCCACGCCGCGCCACGCCGCCUGCGCGACCAGCGUCCAUGCAGCAGCGCAUGGGCUCGUCCGUCUCGCGACUCGUGCAGUCGGCCAAGACGGCCGCGGCGGCGCCCAGUAAAACCAACGUCACGGCGGCCUCCGAGAGCUGUCCGAUGUGCAAAGAGACGUUUCGAUACACAUCGCAGCUAAUCGCACACGUGAACAAGGCGCAUCCCGACAGCGGCCGCGCGCGUCCGUCGGCGGCGCCUGCGGCAAGAGCGAGCGCGGUGCCUGUGGCCUCGAGCGGUCAGGAGACAUGCCCUGUGUGCAGGACAACGUUCGCUGGCGUAACGCAGCUUAUUGCACAUGCCGAGUCGGCGCACCAAGGCCAGACGCAACAAGGCAAGGGCGACUGUAGCAUGAUGUAG